AGAUUGUAAAUUGAUUUGUUUUUUCUCCGCUCCAGCGACUACAGUACGACAGACCCACGGCAAAAUCUAACUUCAUCAAACGCAAACCCUAAUUUCUGAUCUCUCAAAAUGCACAAUUAACCCUCCAUUGGAGCACUUUUUCAUCUGUUGGUUGGAUUCCUCUCUUCUGCACCGGAUCAAGAUUCGAUUUGCCCGUAUAAAUGUUCUAAAUUGGAUGGUUGAAGGUAUUAUUUAAAAUUCCGUAAUUUUGAUUACAAUGGGAAGCAGUGAGAUUGAUAAAACACCUAAAGAGAAAGAGGCUAAGACCCCACCUCCUGCUGCUACCACCGCGCAGGAGCAACCUUCAACCACCAGCACUGCAACUGUAAAUCCUGACUGGACAGGAUUUCAGACAUAUUCUCAUAUACCUCCGCAUGGAUUCUUGGCUUCGAGCCCUCAAGCUCACCCAUAUAUGUGGGGGGUUCAGCAUAUUAUGCCUCCCUAUGGUACCCCUCCGCAUCCAUAUGUUGCCAUGUAUCCCCAUGGUGGUAUAUACGCUCAUCCAUCUAUUCCUCCGGGAUCUUAUCCCUUUAGUCCCUUUGCAAUGCCUUCUCCAAAUGGUAUCGCUGAGGCAUCUGGAUAUACUCCUGGUCAUGCAGAGACAGAUGGGAAGCCAUCCGAUGUGAAGGAAAAAUUGCCCAUUAAAAGAUCCAAAGGGAGUUUGGGCAGUUUAAACAUGAUUACGGGGAAGAUUAAUGAGCCUGGUAAAACAUCUGGAGCAUCUGCCAAUGGAGCUUAUUCUAAAAGUGCCGAGAGUACAAGUGAAGGCACAAGUGAAGGAAGUGAUGCAAAUUCUCAGAAUGACUCGCAAAUGAAGUCAGGUGGACGGCAAGAUUCAUUAGAAGCAGAUGCAUCUCAGAAUGGUGGUUCUGCACAUGGUCCUCAGAAUGGAGGGCAGGGUAUACCUAACACAAUCAUGAACCAGACUAUGGCAAUUGUGCCAAUACCUGCUACCGGUGCCCCAGGAGCGCUACCUGGUCCAACAACAAACUUAAAUAUUGGAAUGGAAUACUGGGGAACCCCGACUUCAUCUACUAUCCCUUCAAUCCGAGGAAAGGUUCCUCCUAGCCAAGUUGCAGGAGGGAUGGUCUCUACUGGAUCACGGGAUGCUGUUCAAUCACAGCUUUGGCUUCAGGAUGAAAGAGAGCUAAAGAGACAAAGGAGAAAGCAAUCAAACAGAGAAUCCGCUCGCCGUUCUAGGUUGCGUAAACAGGCUGAAUGUGAUGAGCUGGCCCUGCGAGCCGAUGCUUUAAAAGAAGAAAAUGUCAAUUUGAGAUCAGAAGUAAACCGGAUAAAAAAUGAAUAUGAGCAACUUCUUGCAGAGAAUGCAUCUCUCAAGGAGAAACUUGGGGAAAUUCCCGAGCAAGAUAGCAGGAAUGACCAACAUUUGAGCGAUGACACCCGAAAGAAGACCGAACAAACAGAGAUUGUACAAGGUGGUCAGUAGGACCUAGGUACCCUUGUUACUCUAACAAUUAGCAACAGGAGUUUUCUUUGUUUUGCAUAGCCUGUAGUCUGAUGUUUAUCUAACAAUUCUAGGAUUUGUUUCAUCUCAUGCCAUCCUAACAGUUUUUAUUGGUUCUACUUGUAAACUAUUGAAGAAAUGGAAUGGCAGGUCAUGUGAAAUUUGUGCCAUACCCCCGUUUUAAGAGGGCUGUAACUACAUUCAACUUUUUACUUGUCUGUAUUGAAGAAAAGAAAAAGUAAAAAUAUGGUUGAUUAGAGAUGUGUCAUUCCGUCGAGACUGUAAAAAGUACUUAUUGAUGCAGAGAUGCUGACAGUUACCGUCUCAACUAGAAUAUUUUAUUGCUUAAUACCAUUUGAAGAAGUUGGUUGUA